AUGUGGUCUAGCUUCCUUUCCCGAGCGCGUCCUACCCCUGAGAGAACAACACCUGCAGUGCAGUGCACGGUCGACACGCCGGAAGAUGUAGCUGCAUCGGUGGAAGACAGACAUGUCGAUAUGUCGGAGUUGCAGCCGACUAUUGUUCUUGACGAUAGCGGCGACGCCACCCUAUUGGUCGGCACCGAUUCAGCUGGUCUUCAGCCGGUCCAGGUAUCUUCGACAGCCAUGACCUUGGCGAGCCCGGUAUGGAAAGCAAUGUUCGAGCGACACCGGAAAGAAAACGGCGCCAUUGAGGUGCCGCUCCGCGAUGACGAAGUAGAUGCGUUGUAUAUUGCACUUCGAAUCGCUCAUCUGCGCUUCCAUGAGAUACCAAGGAAAGACGGCCUUACAAUUGAUGCCCUACUCGAGCUCGCUGUCGUGUGCGCCAGAUACGACAUUGUCAAGCUUGUUCGGCCGUUCCUGGAUCUCUACGGAUGGGCGCAAUGCCACUAUCCCGAUACGGACUCCGGAGAACGAUGCGAUCCCGGCUGGUUCUAUGUAGCCUGGACUUUUGGCUACAAAGACAGCUUUCAGCGUCUCACCCGGUUUACAGUGAAGAAGAUUGGGCUAGAUGACGACGGGAAUGCUAUCAUGGACGAUGGCCAAAAGCUUCCAAAGUAUAUGCCUCCAGGGCUUCUGGAGCGCAUGUUGCAAAUCAGGGAAGCUACACUUUCGGCUAUGCUGGAUGUUCUCUACGACAUCCUAGACGAUAUCAUACACGUGUAUGUCUGUCAAGUCGAUGAAUCAUGGGAGCCCAAGUGUCGAGCCAUGGUUUUAGGCUCCUUCAUCUCUUUCCUCUUGGAGAAUGAUCUCUACCCAGUACGACGGAGAGCUUCCGAAACUCCCUUCAGCAUCCAAAAGCUUUACGAUCUCGCGCACUCUGCCCAGAUUUUGACUUUCGAAUCACAUGACUAUACAGGUAUGGCAGCACAUAUCCGGCGGUCUAGUUGGGAUCCUGCAAACGUUACGGCGGAGACUUUCAAAAACAAUGGCGGCCUUACUCUGCACAAGAAGUGUUUUGGGGCCUUUCAUCUCCGAUCAAAGCUGAAGACUAUUUACUCAGACAUAGGCUCAGCCGUGCUCCAAUCUCACAUUGAGCAUAUGGAUAAGCAGGCUCUGAAGUAA